GAAUUUCGUCAAGGAUCCGACCAAUCAAGUCUCAGAAUUCUAGUGCAACGUGUUUUGCUCGCCUCGUCAUACCGCCCUACAUCGCCCUACCGUUUUAUUGGCCGCCCGAAGCCUGCAGUACUACGCAAAUAUGUCGACCACAGCCAACGAGAAGCAGUCGUAAGUUUUUUUUUUUGAAACUGACGCAAGUAUGCCUCCUCCAGGUUUUAUAAAACCUCGACGAGAGUGCCUGAAACUUUUGAAUUUAAAUUCGAACUCACCCCCAACGAGGUUCUUGUUGAAAAUUUUGGAGCUUCUUUGAAUUAUUCCGCUGCAAGUUGUCACUCCUUCGCAAAUACGACCGAAGUUGUGCUUUAUGACAAUGACGAAACUUUCGACAUUCUCAAUUCGGAGGACGAUGUGAGAGCCGACCAGACAGCGUUACUUCCUACUGAGUUCAACCACGCAAAUAUUCCAAACUGGAAUUACAAUUCAACAGGCGACAUAGCAAACACUUCCUUGGAUCCGUUCACGAACUUCCAGAGUUUUACAUCAUUUGAGCAGAACACGGCCUCUAGUAACGAUGGGUAUCUUCAGGGUCUACUCGAUGGAAUCGAUAUGGGCAUCAAUUUCAACUGGCAAGAAAUGAAUGUCCUCGCGUUGGCACCGACAGAACAAGGGUUCAUUUCCGGAGAAGUUGAUGCGAACACUGUCCUCAUUGGACAACAAGCUACGCCUCCGGCUCCCGUCAUUGGACCCUUCGCCAAUCAUGUCGCCCCUGCCCCUCGUUUUGCGUGCGACUCCAUUGGCUGUGGUAAAACUUUUGGACGCCAAAGUGACUGCAAUCGUCACAUGAAGAAGCAUGGUGCUCCAGAGUAUUCUUGCCCAGCACUCGGAUGUGGUAGGGAAUUUUAUCGUCGCGAUAAAGUGAUGGAUCAUGCUCGACGUAUUCACCAGUUACAGUUGUAACUCAGCAAGAUUCUUUUCCUGUGGAGUUAUAGUCACAGAUAUGAGCCAGAUAGCGAGAUUCUCGAGGGCUUCUCUUCAUUGCUUUUCAUUUCGAUAGAUAUUGCAUGUUUUUCUGUCUGGAUUAAUGUUGUCGAGCAUGUUGAUUUUGGGGAGGGGGGAGUGCGAUUGACGGCGGGUCGCAAUGUUUACUUGGUUUCAUUCUUUUCAUACACUUUGGUUCGAGGAAGAGGUUUUGCAUAGUCAGUCGUUCGCGCAACUGUUUUUAAUUUCCUUGAUCUUUCCUUAGUUAGACAUUGACUAUCAACAUUCGUGGAUGAAAGCCAGUCUUCAAACACUCACGUGACAUGUAUUUGUUCUUUCCUGACUUGUGCGCAGCGUUAUAAGUACCAACUGUGACUUGAGAUUGAAGCUGAGAAUGCACCAAAUGUGAUAUUACA